CUAAGAACAUGGCAAAGCUUUCUGUGUUUGUGGUGUGUGUGCUUGGUAUUCUGGCUUUGGCCUCUGCUCAGAGUGCUACCAAUGUUAGAGCUACUUAUCACUUAUACCAACCUGAGCAGCAUAAUUGGGACUUACUCGCAGUGAGUGCAUUUUGUGCAACUUGGGAUGCUGACAAACCCUUGUCAUGGCGCAGUAAAUAUGGUUGGACAGCCUUCUGUGGACCUUCUGGGCCUCAGGGCCAACAGGCUUGUGGCAAAUGCUUGAGGGUGACAAACACAAGAACAAACGCUCAGCAAACUGUGAGAAUUGUUGAUCAAUGCAGCAACGGGGGCUUGGACUUGGAUAUUGGUGUGUUCCAAAAGCUGGACACGGACGGUAAUGGGAAUGCUCAAGGCCAUCUUACAGUCAACUACGAUUUUGUGGAUUGCGGUGACUAGAUUAGCUUCGUGGAUCAGUUCCCAAGUUAUAAUAAUUAAUGAGCUUUUACGUGCUCUAUUCUACUCCACUCAAUAACAAACUUGAAUUGAAUAAAUGAUACAUAGCAUCAUGCAAGUGCUUUGUUGCUGAUUAAUAAUCAAAUAAAUAAAGUGACGCUUUACGUUUUAUUC